GACGUCACGUACUCAGGUCGCCAGCUGGACAGUGAAGAUGGCGUCGACAGGGACGAUGCACCUCCACCGCAUCUCCGGGAGCGCGGCCGCGUUUAUCGCCGUGUUUGCCUUGUUGAACUCGGCGUCAGGCGAGGAACAAGUGCCCCUAAUCCUGUGGACGAGUGCAGGGAUCUCCCUGCCGAGUCAGUUUCCCCCCACGUCUGGCCACAUUGUCAGCCAGCAGGAGCUGGUCUCUUACCUGGAAAAAGCUCUGACUGUGGGUCCACAGAAUGUGCUUCUGUUUCUUCAAGACAAGAUGAGUGUGGAGGACUUCACCAUGUAUGGAGGAGCGUUUGGAAACAAGCAGGACAGUGCGUUCCCCAACCUUGAGGCUGCUCUGGGCUCCUCAUCUGCACCGCUGGUGUUACCUGCUGUGUCUUGGCCAGCGUCCAACGCAGUGAUAGGUCAGCUGCAGGACCAACUGGAGACCUCCCCUCUGUACAUGGACCCUGAGACGCUGAGCCAGCUGAGGCUGAACGCCUCCUCUCCUGCCUUGUUGGUCUUCAGUUUGCCCUACAGCAUUGGCUCUGACAUGAUGUCCCCUAAAGAGAUUCUCAGUGGAAAUGACGAGAUGAUCGGACAAGUGCUGAGCAUCAUGAAGGCCCAGUCGGUUCCCUACACAGCCAUCUACACCGCCCUGCGUCCCUCCAGGGAGGCAGCAGCUCUCUCAGUGGAGGCCGCUGUGGGCGGGGGGCGCGCUCUCCUGCAGUACAGGGGAGGAUACAGAGAGAGGGAGAGGGAACGAGAGCGCCAGCGCAAGUUAAAGCAGAGGGCUGGAGUCUAUGCGCCGGUGGAGUUUAAGGAGGGGGACAAGACUUGCAUCCUCAUGUGGGCUAAAGGGUUGUCGGUGAAAAUCCUGCGCAACGGUCGCUGGGAGGAACACGAUUUGACCCCGUCCACAUUUGGAGAGGCAGUCAGCCCUAAGCUGCACGGGUCCAGCUGUAACAAAACCAAAGCACGGCUGGUUCUGAAUUAUGAGAAUGUUCUGGGCCACCGCAGCUUCAAACUAACCUUUGCAAUGAGUCAGCGUCACUACACGGUGUCUGCACGUCGCUGGUUCACCCUCGACACGCUUGAGCUGGCCUACGACAACAUGAAAGCCACCUUUAACGGCAGCAGGAACAUCUACGCUCCAGCCGAGUACUCCUACCGCUGCCAGUCGCUCAGCAGUUUCCGCUGGCCUCUUCUUGUUCCUCACUCACCCAAAGACGCAGCCAACCAGUGGAGGGUGGCUAUUGAAGACUUCCAGAUCCAAGGUUUUAACGUCUCGGGCGGCGAGUUCUCGUACGCCAGCGACUGCGCCGGCUUCUUCUCUCCUGGGAUCUGGAUGGGGCUGCUGACCAGCCUCCUCAUGGUCCUCGUGCUCACCUACGGCCUGCACAUGAUCAUGCAGCUCCGCACGAUGGACCGCUUUGAUGACCCCAAAGGCCCGGCCAUCUCUGUGCCCCAGAAUGAGUAGCACAGCGAAAUAGCCAUCAUUUCAGGGGGAAAGGGACAGUUUCACCAUCAUCGGGUUGCAUCAUCAGGUUUGUUGUUUUCUAGUAUUCUGCAACAAACAUGUUUCAAAGUCAAGCAACAUUAUUUAUUGAACAAACACAAACUUAUCACUAAUUUCACCCCAGUCUACAUGAGAAAGGUGGAACUGUACAUAGAGCAACAGAAGACAUAUUUAUUUGUGAAAUGUGUGUGUGUGAAAGUGUUGAGUCGUAUACAGCAGCAUAAAUGGAACACUUCCAGUGGCCGAGGAACGAGAGGUUAAAUCCCUCUGUUUACAAUUGAGAGGAGAACAAGAGGUUUGAAUAUGGCAGCCAGACCAGGAAAUAUCUCCUUCCAUCCUUGCCCAUUCAGCUCCACUGAUAUCAGCCAGAACUCACCAGAACUGAUCAAGCCUUUGCUUUGACUAUGACCUAGUCCGGUUGCCAUAUUCAGACCUGUUGUUGCGUGGUGACCCGGAUAACUGAGCUCCCUCACCAAAAGAUUGAGAGGAGACAGAAGUCGUAUAAUAGAUGUGAAACUCAUGUGCACUGAAACAUGUGAAAUCAUUCUGUGUGUUUAUCUGUGUUGUUGAAUGACUUGUAGUGAAGGCUCGUGUUGUGUGUUUGGCUGACGUAACCCAAUAAAACCGCGUCAUGACCCGUU